UGAGAUCUGUCUCUCCUUCUUCUAACAAACCCUAGUUGAACUUGCAAUGCUAUGCAUGAAGCUUUUAGCUCUGAAAACCCUAACAAAUGGUGGGACCCAAAAGGUACUUCCUGCCACUAAUCAUAAUCUCCCUCGCCGCUUUCAUCUUCUACACAUUCCACCAUUCCUCUCUCUCACCUUCAAUCCCUGAAUUCGACCCCAAUUUCACUCUCCGAAACCUCAACCCUAAUUCCACCCCCAAAUUCACUUUCGUCAUCAAAGUCCUCGCCUUUAACCGCCUCAAUUCCCUCUCUCGGUGCCUCCGCUCACUCGCCGCCGCCGAUUACAACGGCGACCGCGUCCACCUCCACCUCUACGUUGACCAUUUCACCCUCGCUAACGAUUCCUCCAACGUGGAUCAGAAGCUUCGAGAAUCGCAUCGAAUUGUGGAGUACGUUGAUGGGUUCGAUUGGAAAUUUGGUGAAAAGGUGGUGCAUUACAGAACCGGGAAUGUGGGUUUGCAGGCACAGUGGUUGGAGGCAUGGUGGCCCGGUUCCGAUCACGAGUUCGCUUUCGUGGUUGAGGAUGAUUUGGAGGUUUCGUCGCUUUACUAUGAGUUCGUUAAGACCUUGAUUUUGAAUUUCUAUUACAAUGCUUCCAAUUAUAGCCCUUCCAUCUAUGGAGUUUCGUUACAACGAGCAAGGUUUGUUCCAGGUAAACAUGGAAACAAAUUACAGUUGGAUGACCAGACACGACUUUUCUUAUACCAGUUGGUUGGCACAUGGGGUCAAAUUCUCUUUCCCAAGCCAUGGAAAGAGUUCAGGUUGUGGUAUGACAAAAACAAGGCGAUGGGCAAUAGGCCAUUUCUUGAGGGGAUGGUGACUACAGGAUGGUAUAAGAAGAUGGGGGAGAGAAUUUGGACACCUUGGUUCAUUAAGUUUAUUCAAUCCCGUGGUUACUUUAAUAUCUACACAAAUUUUUUGCACGAGAGAGCAUUAAGUGUCUCUCACAGAGAUGCCGGAGUAAACUACGGGAAAACUGCUGGACCUGAUUCUCAAUUACUAGAGGAAAGAUCUCUGGACUUCAAUAUUUUGGAAAUGCAGCCUUUGAGUAGUUUAAAAUGGUUUGAUUUUUGUUUCAGAGAAGUACUUCCUGGAAAGGUUGUGAGCAACCUGGAAGAACUUGAAUCUUGGCUUCGCUCUCUGCAGAAACGAGAUAGUGUCUUCUUAGUAAAUCUUUUUGGGGUAUCAGAUGCUAUAGCUAGAAACUUACUAUGCCACUUUGAGAGGCUAAAUAUGAGGAAUUAUAUACUAAUGAGCCCUCCAUCUGACUUCUUAUUUGAUCUGGCAAGGAGGGGACAUCCUGUAAUUAACGUGGACCAAUUUAUAAGUAGUGUUGGAUCGUAUAAAUUGCCUUCGGAAGGUUCCAGUUUUGAUACCAUCAAGGGUAUUUUGGCAAAGACCUAUGUAAUUAAAAAGUGUAUCGAGAACAGGUAUAACACGUGGGUGAUGGAGGGGAACAUGCUUCCCACUUCUGACCUCUUGCUUGAGUCCGGAGAUCCAAAUGAUGAUUUCUUUGUGGCAAACAACUUGGAACUCUUACAUGCUAAAAGCUCAUCUUCUAGUGAGAAAAUCUGGGCUAAUGGCUUUGUGUCGAAGGUUUCAGCCUUGGCAGACUCUUUGGCAAGAAAAGAAUCACCAACUCAUGGUGGCCCAAGUUUUGUGUAUAUUGUAACAAAAUUAUUGGAACAGAAUGGUGCGAGGAUUAAAAGAGUUGAUGAGACUUCUUUUGGGAUGAAGAUCGGCUCUGGAAAUGUUGGUAAAUCUUCUCUGGGGGAUAAAAAGUUGGUAUAUUGGUCAACUGAGAUGGGGCUGGACUCAAUUCAGAAAUGGCUUGAAGAGUUGAAUUUGUGGGGUAUAGAUGGUGAUUUAUCCUGCACCGCUGUGGUGUGUCACAAAUCAUAGCAUUUUAUGGCAGCUAUAGAAGUAGUUUUACAUUUUAGUUUUCUUUCCAUAUUAUUUUUGAGUUUUUUGAUGCCAUUUUAGCUUACAUAUAUUCUUUGUACUCAUUUUGUACCAUCAUUUGUAACAAAUUAAGUUGUCAAUGUGAAGCUUAAGAUGGGCUAGAAUUAAAUUUU